UCCAUUAAAUCAAGUUCUUUAAGGCCCCACAAAGUGAUGCUUCUCAACUACAGGAAAAAAAAUCCCAACCCUUUCUCUUUGAGCCUGUCAAUUGGCUCAAAGCAGUUGACAGGAAAACACAACGGUUCCUGCUGUGAAACUUGUAACAGCUAUAUAAACAUAAGCACGCUCAAGGACAGGUAAUGCAUCCUGACGCCUUUACAGCGACGUUACCGUGACUUAGAGAACCAGGAUGAGCGCGUCUGUGGCAGUAUACAGGAACAUUUACACAGAGGACCGAUUCAGACAGACUUACGGUACCGAGACCAAACCGCGCGAGCGCCUCCGAGAGAGACUGUGCGCGCGCUCCCGAUGCUCUCCACUCCACUGCCUCCACCUGCUUCAGCAGCGGAUACCGAUUUUCACCUGGUUGCCGAAAUACAGACUCAGGAAAUGGAUUUUAGGAGACACAGUUGCAGGGCUGACGGUCGGGAUUCUACACAUUCCCCAAGGAAUGGCUUUUGCAUUGUUGACAUCAGUGGCUCCGAUCUAUGGCCUGUACACAUCGUUCUUCCCUGUAGUUCUCUACAUGCUGUUCGGAACAGGGCGUCAUGUCUCCACAGGUACUUUUGCAGUCGUGAGUCUGAUGACAGGCACGGUGGUGGAGCAGCUGGUGCCGACUCCUCCUGAUCUGAACUGCAGUAGUCCAGAGGUCACAGAGCUGGAAGAUCGGAGAAUUGGUGUGGCUUCAGCCAUAGCAUUCCUGUCAGGAUUGAUGAUGCUUUGUAUGUUUGGCCUGCAACUGGGUUUCCUCUCCACAUACUUAUCCGAGCCCAUUGUUAAGGCAUUCACCAGUGCUGCAGCAUUUCAUGUGACCGUCUCUCAGCUGCAGAGCAUGCUGGGAUUGAGGCUUCCUCGCCACACAGGGACAUUUUCCCUCUUUAAGACGCUGGCCUCGGUGAUGGAGAACUUGCCCCAUACAAACCUUGCCGAGCUGUUGAUCUCACUGCUCUGCCUAGCUGUGCUCGUUCCCAUUAAGGAAGUGAACACGCGGUAUCGCCAGCGUCUGUGCACCCCCAUUCCUGUGGAAAUUCUCACAGUGAUAAUCGCUACAGGAGUUGUUUACGCCACUUCUCUAGAUUCCAAGUACGAUGUCCAGAUAGUGGGUCACAUUCCAGCAGGGUUCCCUCGGCCUCGGCUGCCUGCUUUGCACACGGUGCCAGACAUAGCUGGUGACACAAUUGCUAUCACAUUUGUAGGCUAUGCUGUGUCUGUGUCACUAGCAAUGAUAUAUGCUGAAAAGCAUGGCUACUCUAUACACCCUAAUCAGGAGCUGUUAGCACAUGGCAUUUCCAAUACAGUGUCUUCCCUGUUUACCUGCUUUCCCAGUUCAGCUACACUGGCCACCACAAACAUUUUGGAAAGUGCUGGUGGUUACACACAGCUCUCAGGUUUGUUCACAAGUCUGGUGGUCCUGAUUGUGCUGCUUCUCAUUGGCCCUCUAUUCUACUUCUUACCUAAGGCUGUCCUGGCAUGUAUAAACGUGACCAGCUUGAGGCAAAUGCUCUUGCAGUUUCAGGACCUGCCAGAUCUGUGGAGGGUUAGCAAGAUCGACUUUUUGGUGUGGCUGGUGACCUGGCUGUCAGUGGUUGUGCUGAAUGUGGAAAUGGGUCUGGCCAUCGGAGUAGUUUUCUCAAUGAUGACUGUUAUUUGUCGCACACAGAGAGCUAACUGCACCGUGUUGGGAAGGGCCUCCAAUACAGAGAUCUACCGGCCUAUUAAUAAUCACAAUAAGUGCUAUGAAGUCCCUGGUGUGAAGAUUCUGACCUAUAAUGGACCGAUCUACUACGGCAACCGCAGCUUUUUUAAGGCAGAUGUGAGCCAGCUGCUCGGUCUCACACCUGAACGUAUCCACAGUCGUGAGAAGGCCAGGAAGGCCCUGGAAAAGAGGGAAAAAGAGUCCAUUAACACAGUGGACCAGGGACUAGCAAACACCUCAUUUUCCUCCGAGAAUGGGUUCUUUAAAUCAGAAACAAUACCGAAUGAAGUCCAGACCAUAUUAAUCGAUUGCAGCAGUGUUAUUUUUGUGGACGUUGCAGGAGCCAAGCUCUUCAUUCAGAUGUGUAUAGACUGUCAGAAGAUGGGAGUGCAGAUAUUCUUGGCCAACUGUAAUGAGAGCGUAUUGGAGAUUCUUACAGCAAGUGGCCUGAUGAGCUACAUGAACCCCCAACACAUCUUCGUCACAGUCCAUGAUGCUGUGGUCUACAUCCAGCAUCAAAAGGAGAAGCCUGGGUCAGAAAACACAAUGAUUUGGGUGUGAAUAUCCAAGAGCACCAUAAAAAGAAAACAAAAGAAACAGCUACUUUAGAUCUUCUCAGAUGUUCUAAACCUUGCGCACUAAAAAUCUCUCUGCAGUGGAUUUCUUUACCUUCCGAGAUUUGUUGAAGAGUCACACAUGAUAGGCCAUGUGUAACUUUGAUCACCGCUGUAGCUAACGAAGCUUGCACUAUUGCUGUGAGUCUUUUGAAGCACACAUAAUUUCUGUAUAUACUGUUUUAAAGGAUUAUGUGCACAAAAUUAUUCUCUCUCUCUCUCUCUCUCUCUCUCUCUCUCUCUCUCUCUCUCUCUCUCUCUCUCUCUCUCUCUCUCAUAUUCAGUCUGUGCCCUUGUCCUCCUCCAAAAACAUCCAUAUUUAGGGGUUUAUGAGAUGAAUGAGAUAUUUAUUUAUUUGCAUUUGAUUAUAGAUGUUAUAUUCUCUCCCUAAACAAAGAUGCACUGAAUGGAUGGCCAAAAUCUAUUAUAAUAAAUUUUAAAAAUGGCCUUCAGUGUGAAUAUUCCUUUUCUUGUAACUUUGUGAACACAAUAUUUAUAAACCGGGAUCUGGAUUGUACAAUGCAAAUAAAAUCUUAGAUUAUAUAA